AAGAGGCGGGAGAGGGAGCAGGAGGGGAGUGCUCCGGUCCAAGCCUUUAUAUUGAGCAGCCAACAUGCGACCCCCACACACAAGGCUCCCUGGAGGCAAAGAGCAGCAAGGACCCCAACCCAGACGAGCACACGUCUUGUAGAGCUCCCGUCCUUUACUUUGGCCUCCCGGGAACACUCCAAGGACUAAUCCGCAGCAGACUCACUACAAUGGCGCCCCCCAACCCUUGUCUCCUGGUGGCCCCCGCGGCUUCUGUCCAGACGGUUCUGCUCGGCUUCCUCCUCCUCGUCCAGGUGGCAUUGGCUUCAGGUACAUCAGAUGUAGUAUUAGCACACAACAUAACCUGGAAAUCCAUUGACUUCAAGACCAUAUUGGAAUGGGAGCCCAAACCAGCCAAUUUCGUCUACUCAGUUGAGAUAAGUACCAGAUGGGGAGACUGGAAAAAGAAAUGUUUUCAAAUAAAAAAAACAGAAUGUGAUCUCACAGAUGAGAUGAAAAAUGUAAGGGAAACGUACGUUGCUCGAAUCCUUUCUGAAAAAGCAGUAAAGUCAGAUGAAGAUCCUGAAGAACCCCUGCAUGCUAAUGCACCUUACUUCACACCUUACUUAGACACAAACCUUGGGCAGCCAAGAAUUCAAAGUUUUGAACAAAAUGAUGCAAAGUUGAAAGUGACAGUUCAAGAUUCCAUUACAUCGUUUAGACGUGAUGGGACCUUCCAAACCCUCCGUCAGAUUUUUCACCAGGAUCUAAAUUACACACUUUAUUACUGGAGGGCUUCAAGUACUGGAAAGAAAUCAGUAAAUACGGACACAAAUGAAUUUUUGGUUGAAGUGGACAAAGGAGAAAGUUAUUGCUUUAACGUUCAGGCAGUCAUUCCAUCUCGGAGAGCAAAGCAGAAGAGUCCAGAAAGUGCAAUCCAUUGUACCAGCCAAGACAAAGUUGUGUUUAAAGAAUUGUUUUUCAUAGUUGGAGCUGUGCUUUUUGUCAUCAUCAUCCUUGUCAUUAUCCUCUCUGUGACACUAUACAAAUGCUCAAAAGCAAGAGCUAAAAGGAACAGGAUGGAAAACUCACCACUUAACAUUGCGUAAUGGAGGCACCAUUACUACCACUGUUGACUGCUACAGAAGCUGCAUCUUACUGUGAUGGGAAAGCUGAUGGUACUUAGAAGACAACACCACUCUGGGGAGAAUUGCUGUGAUGGAGCUUGGGAAGGUAGCCUUCAAGUUCAAAGGGGGAAAAAUCCUGUUUCUCUAUUUCUUACUGCACUCAUCAUUCUUGUUUAAGUUAUCUCCCUAACUCACUUUGGAAAUCAGUGAAUGGUACAGCCAGCGUCUCAAAUUUUAUUUUAUUAUUAUUAUUUUUAACACUACCACUCCUGAACUUGUCAGAUUUUAGACUCUAUAAUCUUCUUGCAAGUUGAAAUCUGGUCUCCAGGUCUUUGAAGCACUGGGUGGAAUUUGGAAGCAUCAGUGAGAAGCUGACAUGAAACCGUGCAAGAAGGCAUGCCGUGCCGUGGGUAGAUCUGUUUCUACUACAUGUCAAUCUUGAUUUCUGCAUCCCAUCCUGCAAGUUUGGAAAGGCAGAGGUUUUCAGAGCUGCAUUUUUACAAUAAGACUUGUGGUAUUUGUGCUGGUUACAUUCUUCCUUUUCCUAUCUCUGCCACUCUGUAAGUGCAGGAAAGGAAAAGUUAGACCCGAGGGGAAGGAAAACUCUCCAUAAACCUAACGGAAGCAUCAACACAACUCUUGACUACUGCAAAUGCUGCAUAUGGACCAGACUGACAUUAACAUGUUUGUUACGGACACUUUAAAACCAAUGGCUUGAGUGUUCUAAUAUGCCAUAAGGUUUAGCACUUUAACAGACCUAAGUAAUGUUGCUUAAACACUUGAUAGAUAUUCUAUUUUUGUAAUAAGACUACUAUAUAAAUGAACCAUCUCAGUUAUGAUUUGAGGUACUUUAGGCCCUCAGGGUCAGUGUCUAUUAUAUGUGUUGUCUGUGUUUAUGGAAAGGAUUUGUAUUUGGGGAUUUCUAUUUAUGUCUAUAAUAUAUAUUUGUAUAUAUUGCAGUAAUUUAUUUAAUAUGCUUUUAU